UCUUCUGUCUCUCUAUCUCUUCUGUCUCUCUUCUAUCUCUUUUCUCUAUCUCUCUCUCUCUCUAUCUCUUGUGUUGCCAGAUGGCGUCCCCCCCCUCCGUGCUAUUGGUCGAGCCGCCCCCCCCCUCCGUGCUAUUGGUCGAGCCGUUCUACGGGGGUUCUCACAAACAGCUGAUGGACCUGCUGCAGGAGAACGUCUCCGGCGCCUCCGUCUGCUCGCUGCCCGCCAAGAAGUGGCCCUGGAGGGCCAGGACAGCAGCGCUGCUCUUCAGCCAGACCAUCCCCCACUGCUCCACCUACAGGGUGGUGUUCUGCAGCUCGGUUCUGAACCUGUGUGAGCUGGUAGCUCUGCGACCGGACCUGGCCCGUCUGAAGAAGGUUCUGUAUUUCCACGAGAACCAGCUGGUUUAUCCGGUCCGUAAAGAUCAGCAGAGAGACUUCCAGUAUGGAUACAACCAGAUCCUGUCAUGUAAUCUAAUAGUGAUUGACCCGCGGCAGCAGCAGCCCGCGCCGGGACACGAAGACAUCCCAUCCAUCACGGGGGGGCCCGAGGCUCGGCCAAUCACUGAGGCCGCCGCGGGAGCGCCAGGUGUCCGGUUCUCUGCCUUUUGUGGCGUUUGA